CAGUUUCUCUGGGCAGCCUUUGCCAGUGCCUCACUGCCUUCUGAGUGCUGAAUUUUUGGUGUCUAAAUAUCCCCACACCACCUCUUUCUCUUCUGUGCAGCAGGAUCACAAGGGAAGAAAUGUGUAAGAAUAAAUGUGAGAUGGGGAUGCUGCUUGAAAUCACCCUGACUGUGCACUUACCCCUUGUGCUGAGUGCACAGAGCCAUGUGCUGUGCAUAUCCUAGUACUGCUACUGGGAUAUCUUGGAGAACUGAAUUUUUCCAGGACAGUUUUCUGCAGCCAGGAGCACAGGUUUUGCUUCCUGCUCAGGCUGGGAGUUCCCUGCUGACUUUUCGCCUGCGUGAGCACCGCUUGGGUCAGCAGGAAGGUGGGGCCCACUGGUUCCUGGGUUGCCAAAGCAGACUUUCCAGUUUGGGUUGCACUGUGCAGGGAAAAGCCAAUGUCCCUUUUGUGCCUAUAGCUCUAUUCCUGGCAGGGAGCUCUCUUGUCCCCAGCAUGUUCCUACCAUGCACUGUGGCUGGAGCAGGAGACCAAGCAGAGAGGAAAGGAGACUGAGGCUGAAAACAACACGGUGGUAAGUCUGGUUUUGGGUUUAGGGGAGAAGGGCAGGGCUUCCAGGACCUUUUGCAGAAGCCAAGAAUGCUUGAUGUUCCCAGACCGUGUCUCCAUUGUCACAAAACAGCAGCUUGGGUCACACCCCAGAUCUGGGAUGAGCUCCUUUUAAUGGGGGCUGAUGGAAGAUAGUCCUUUAGGGUCUGGUGGGAAAAACAUGAUGAAACAUCUGAAUCUGUGCUGUAUGGGCACCUGCUUGCUGCUGCUGCUGCUAUGUCCACCCGCUGUCACAAUCUGAAGCUGGAGCCUGGCGCCUCCUAAAUAGCACAGGUCUGUCACCAGGCUGCUGAUUUCUGUGUGCAGAAACAGGAGAAUCUAGCCAUAAAAACCCAGUGGGAAGGCUGUGAGCUGAGAUUGCAUCCCUGAUGGCACUGAUGUCCCAUAUAGAUGGCUCUGUGCAAGUAGUAUGUCCCGCAUCCUGCUGCCCCAGUGAAGAUAGAGAGCAACUCUUUAUCCCUGCAGUUACAGACAACAAAGCCUCCUUGUUAAAAAAAUUAAAGAUCAUCCCUGUGUGAGGAACCCCACAGUGCUGGUGUGGCCAAGGUAAACACUUGCAUACCUGCUGGCCCUCGUCACAGCACUGGGAGGAGUGCCCUGGGCCAAGGUUUGGUAGAGGCUGGCCUCCAGAAGCCUACUGGGGGUGUUUUCUGGUCCUUUUGGAUGUUCCUGGUAUGAGAUAUCCUCUGGCUGGCUUCAGCAUCCAAUUGAACAUACUGAAGUCUCUGCUUGGUCCUCACCACGUGCACAAAUCAGGCUGGCUCAGUUUGGGAACCGGUAUGGUGGCACUGCUGCCACCUGGCAUGUGGGCACAGCCUGGCUGGGGUGAUGGAGCCAAGCCUGAGCCUGUAAGAGGAGAAGGAGAGGCUAUAUGACAUCAGGAAUCAGCUGCUGAAAGGAGAUGGAGAUUAAAUGAAAAAACUGCUUGAGCAGAGCCGCCUUGCCCACGGGAACUGCUCCACUCCGUUUCACACUUCAUUUCCUAUGCGGCCAAGCCCUAAAUGCUUACGCUGGGCUUUAUCUUAACAUUUUAAUUGUGUUUACUCUCAUUAGAACUCUGUGCUGCUUCCAGCAUGUGAACUUCUGCAUAUGAAAUCCCCACCCUGUUCAUUUUUUUUGCCUCCUCAGGUCACUUGCACUCUGCCAUGGCCAAGUCACAGAGGAACGGCUGGGCUACAGCCUCCUCACCCCUUGCUAGCCCAGUGGUUACCACCACAGCUCCACCGGGCUUCCUUGAUGGCUUUGUCAGCCACAUCCCAUUACCCAGAUGGGCGCUCAUUGCUGUGGCAGUGGCAGUGGCUGUUCUCCUCCUCCUCUUCCUCAUCUGCAUCAUCAGGUGCUGCUGUGGCAAGAAGAAGCCCAAGAAGAAGGAGAAAGUUGGAUUGCUCACCUUCAGUGGCUCCACCACAGCCAGCCUUGUGCAGCCUGAGAUGGAGGACCUGGAGCAGGGCCCAGAGGAGACAGGACGAGGAAGACUUCAGUACUCUCUGGAGUACAACUUCCGUGCACAGGAGCUGAAAGUUGGUGUGAAGCAGGCAGCUGAUCUGAAAGCCAUGGACAAUGGGGGCACAUCUGAUCCCUAUGUUAUUGUCUACCUGACAUCAGAUAUGAGAAAGAAGUAUGAGACCAAGGUUUACCGCAAGACUCUGAACCCUGUCUUCAACGAGAGCUUCUCUUUCCAGGUGCCCCAGGCAGAAGUGUCUGAGGCCACGCUGGUGAUGCAGAUCUACGACUUCAACCGCUUUGCCAAGCACAACAUCAUUGGUGAGGUCCGCCUGCCCCUGGCCAGUGUCAGCCUGCAGCACAUCAUCGAGCAGUGGAGUGACCUAGUGGUGGCCAGCAAAGUGGAGCAAGAGCGGCUGGGUGAGAUCUGCUUCUCACUGCGCUAUGUCCCCAGCACUGGCAAGCUGACAGUGCUCAUCCUUGAGGCCAAGAAGCUGAAGCGGAUGGACUCCCACGGGCUCUCAGAUCCUUUUGUCAAGGUGCAUCUCAUCCUGAACAAGAAGAAGUGGAAGAAGAAGAAGACAAGCGUGAAGAAAAACACCUUGAGCCCUUAUUUCAAUGAGGCAUUUGUCUUUGAGGUGCCUUUCAAUCAGAUUCAGAACGUGGAUGUGGUCAUCUCUGUCUGGGACUAUGACAAAGUGACCAAGAAUGAGCCCAUCGGCAAACUCUUCCUGGGCUGUCGGGCCACUGGUAACCAGCUGCGGCACUGGUCUGACAUGCUGUCCAACCCACGGCGUCCCCUCACCCAGUGGCACAGCCUGCAGCCCCCCGAUGUGGUGGACAAGGCCCUGGGGUUGAAGUCCCACCUCAAGCUGCCUCUGACCACCAGAUAGCGAGAGGCAGCUCUGGCCCCCCCUGCUCUCUCAUUUGGGCAGGAUGGAGGUUUUCAGAGGUGUCUGGAUGCAGCUCUGCAGCUGGCUGAUGCUGGAGAGGGUGAUGUGGAUGCAGAACUGGCUUGUAUCAGCCACUCACAGUCUGGGGGAUGAAUACA